AUGUCGAGCUGCCUAAGACCUCUUGCCUCUUCCAAUGGCUACGCGAACAUCUCCGAGUUGCAGACCUCCUUCCCCGUGGGGACGGUCAUCUCCUACCACUGCUUCCCUGGGUACAAGUUGGAGGGGGCCGAGCACCUCGAGUGCCUACACAGCCUCAUCUGGUCGACCAGCCCACCCCGGUGCCUUGCUCUGGAAGUGUGCCCGCUGCCUCCAACGGUGACUAAUGGUGAUUUCUUCUGCCACCUGCGGCCCUGUGAGUGCUACAGCCACGGGACUGUGGUGGAAUUCUCUUGCGACGCCGGCUACAGCCUCACCAGCAACUACAAGUACAUCACUUGCCAGUACGGGCACUGGUUCCCCUCCUACCAGGUCUACUGCAUCCAGUCAGAGCAAACAUGGCCCAGCGCCCAUGAGACCCUCCUGACUACGUGGAAGAUCGUGGCAUUCACCGCAACCAGCGUGCUGUUGGUGCUGCUGCUCGUCAUCCUGGCCAGGAUGUUCCAGACCAAGUUCAAGGCCCACUUCCCCACUAGAAGAGCAGUUCGCCAGGAAGCAACUACACCAGCUCCUCCGCGACAACAGGGCCGUCACCAUAGCUGCUUGCCGGCCUCGUUCCUGGGAGAAGACGUUGCCGGGAGAGCCAGCAAUGAGUGUGUGGCCAUCCGGAGGCGGAUGGCAGUGCCCUGGCCACCCUCCCUGACACCAGCUGCCUCCAGCCACCUCCCUCCACGGAGUCCUGAGCGUCUUGGGGCUCCUGUGCCCUUGCUGGCCUCCCCUCGGGGAAUUCUCACUUCCAGAAAACAUGUGUCUUCGCACACGGGACACUGUCACCCCCAGAGCUGUGCGUGCCACCCAUCAAAGGGGGCGCUGGUAGUGGAGAAGGAGUCUCUGAUGAAUCACCUCCCUCCCUUGCCUCCAGGGGAGUCCAGGACAGUCACUCCUGCUCUUCCUCCCCAAGAGGGGCUUCAGGGCACCCGUUCCACAAGGGGUCUGUAA